AAAAAGCAAAAACUAUUACCGACCUUUAUCCUUUUUCCCCCAAUUUCUUCUUCCCGAAAAAAGCCAUGAACGAGGACCAGUCGCCGUCGCUAGGGUUUUCGCCAUAAUCCGUAUCCGUCCCAAAACUACGGUAGAUUCACGCCAUUUUUAUUCCAAAACUAGGGUUUUCUCAAAAUCUCCAUUUUCUCCCAAAUUAAGAAGAUUUCGAGCCCCAAGUCGUCGUCUUUCAGCUCAAGGAAUCGAGGAAUUGUUGCCAAUUUCAUUCCCCCGCAUCUUCUGAAACCCUAAAUCCCCAUUGAUUUUUUUGGGGUUUGGAUGAUAAUGUGUAUGCUUUGCGUGGUCCAUAGGUGGUCUCGUCGAGUUGCUACAAUGCUCCCUUGGCUUGUUAUCCCCCUGAUACUCAUCUGGGCUCUGUCCCUGCUCUUGCCCCCAAAUUUUCGUUUUGAGAUCACGAGCCCUAGAUUAGCUUGCGUUGUUGUUCUUCUAAUAACCCUAGUAUGGUACGAGAUCUUGAUGCCCAUGCUGUCUACAUGGAGAGCUAGGCGCUCUGCCCGCAUUAAAGAGGAGAGGAGGACCCAGGCCAUCGAGCUUCAGAAGCUGAAGAGGUUAGCUACCCGGAGGUGUCGUAAUUGUUUUACCCCUUAUAGAGAUCAAAACCCCGGUGGGGGGAAAUUUAUGUGUAGUUAUUGCGGGCAUAUUUCGAAAAGGCCUGUUUUGGAUUUGCCCGGGUGGCAAGAUUGGUCUGGGGAGUCAGUUUCAGGGCCACCGAGGUUUUGGGUUAAUGGUGGUCGUGGUGGUGAUGAGAGAUGUUUGACGGAGAAAUCGUAUUCAGGAGUGUUGGUUUUCGGGUGUAGAUUAGUGGGCUCGUUCUUUUUGAAAGUGAGGUGGGUCUGGAGAAAGGUUUUCAGGGUUGGAUCAGGAGAAGAUGAUUCAUUGAAUGGAGAGGGUAAAGGAUUGUCUAAUAAGAGAGGAGAGAAUGGAGGGAGUUUUCAGGAGAGCAGAGGAGAGAGAGCUAGAAGAAAGGCUGAGGAGAAGAGGCUGGCUAGGUUGGAAAGGGAGAUGUUGGAGGAGGAGGAGAGGAAGCAGAGGGAGGAGGUUGCUAGAUUGGUGGAGGAACGGAGGAGAUUGAGGGAUGAGAAGUUGGAAGCGGAGAGAUCACGGUCAAAGACGUUGGGUGUUGAUGGGGAAAGAGAUAGUAGGAGGGAGACAGAGCGGAGGAGGCGUGAGAGGAGGAGGGAGAAAGAUAAAGGGUCAAGUAAGAGUAAUUCAGAUGGGGAAGAUCUUGAGAAGAGGACAAGCAGAGAGAAUGAGAAGAAGCGGGAUUUUGAUAAGAAGAGCCAGAUAGAGAGAACAAAGGCUACUGCAGAGAGUUUAAAGUCACAAUCGUUGGAAGGUAACGGGAAUAAGGUGGUAGGGAAUAAGACCAGGUACUUUGAUAGGAUGAAAGGAACUCUUUUAUCAUCUUCUAGAAGUUUCAAUGGUUCAUCAUUUUUUGGGAGGAAUGCUCAGACUGCUGUCACUGUUACCAAAGUUAGUAAACCUGCAGGUGGGUUCAUAGAUAAUGGUCAGAAUUCUGGGACUAAAAAGGAUACUCAUUCUUCAGGGAAUGCAAUUGGGAAAUCUACUCCAAAUGGAGACCAUCGACCUGUGGAGACGGAUGUACUGCCACGAGCAACUGUCCCGAAAAAGUCUUGGCAUCAGCUAUUUACUCGUUCUUCUGCUGUUUCUCCAGAUCCAGAUACAAAUAGUGUUACAUUUGGAAAUCCUAAUUGGCAACCGGAAGCUAGAAGUGUUCUUGACCAGAAAGCAUUUCCUAGUUAUUCUGUUGAUAAUCAAUUCAAUUUUCGGCGAUCAUUGCCUCUUGCUGGCUACUCUUCACCAAACUCAUCAAAUGGAAGUUUGGCUUCAAACUUUACGUCUGACUCUAUGUUUCCUCCUAUUAAAGAACCAAUGCACAACGGAUCAGUAGAGGACUCUGAGCUAUUUGAAGACCCAUGUUAUGUUCCAGAUCCUCUAUCAUUACUAGGGCCUGUAUCUGAUCAACUUGACAAAUUCCCUUUGGACCUUGGGAAUGGAUUUAUUGAAACGGGUAAGGUGGAGACUCCUCGUGUUCUCAAGAAUGCAUGUGCUUCAACCGAAGGGAGCAAGCCUUCACCUAUUGAGUCCCCUCUCUCCAGGUCACGAGAUGAAAGACUAGUUUCAUGUACUCCAAAGUCCCAGAAGUUGCAUUCUUCAAAACCAGAUGAAUUGAAUGACAUGCAAGGGACACGAACAUGGCAAAUGUGGGGCACCCCAUUGGCUUGGGAUGGACUUGGUCUUGCAGAUGGACCUUCCAACUGGUUUUCACCUUUGGUACAAAGCAAAUCUAACCAAGAUGUAUCCUGUACUUUGGGUCACAAUCCUGUAGUAUCUCAAGUUGAAACAGGAAUCCCUCUGCCUAGCAUACUUACUCCUCGAAAGGCUUCUGUUGGUACUCUCCAGAAUGGUGGGACAUUCGGUACUCUUGGUCCUGGUUUGUUGAAUGGCCGUGAUCCGUGGGUCCAGAAUUCUCCAUUUCCAUCACCAUUGCCGGUCGAUGGAGAAAACCACUUCCUGCCUCUGGAUCUCAUGGACAAUAUUGCUCAGAAUGAAGUGACAUAUGGUAGUUCGACUAGUGGAGCAGCUGUACAUCAUUUUGAGGUGCCUCGAGCUAAUGGCUGGUCUAAGGCAGCAAAGGGUAUGACAGAAGUCACAAAUUCAUCACCACCUGUGAAACCCCCAAACGUAGGCGGCCUCUUUUCGACUGGUCCAGAUGUACAGUCAGUCUGGUCUUUUAACCACCAAUAGGAGAAAAUAUAAGCAAGAAAAGCAAGCAUAGUUGCUUUUCUGAGGGGAAAGACCUGAAGAAAAACUAGUUUAAAUGUAAGUUCUUUUUUAAUGAAAAUGAGAUGGUCAUUUGAUUAGCAUGAAUAUAUAUAUAUAUAUAGAUGCAGCAUGAAUUCAUGCUUCUUGGCCUUCUUCA